UUUUUUCUUUGUCUGUAUUUCUUCAUCCUUCAAUGGCUACUUCACUCACUAGAGCUUUCUCUUUACUCUCUCUAUUUCGUUCCACCAUUAAUAAACCUUCCUUAUCUCCAUUUUCAUCUCCAAAUGCACCUUCUUUCUUCACCAUAAAACCCAAGGUUACUAAUUUUUCCAGGUUUAUAUCAUCAUCAUCAAUGGCUUCAGAUUCCAAGGAUUUGCCUUCCAAUAAUCCAGGUCUUCAUGCCACACCUGAUGAAGCAACUAAAGGUUACUUUUUGCAACAAACUAUGUUCAGAAUUAAGGACCCUAAAGUCAGUCUUGAAUUCUACUCCAAAGUGAUGGGCAUGUCCUUGCUCAAGAGAUUGGAUUUCCCAGAGAUGAAGUUCAGCUUGUACUUCAUGGGGUAUGAGGAUUUAUCAUCAGCACCCACUGAUCAAGUUGAACGUACAGCUUGGACCUUUAGUCAGAAAGCUACAAUAGAGCUUACACACAACUGGGGUACUGAGAGUGACGCUAAUUUUACAGGUUACCAUAAUGGGAAUUCAGAACCACGUGGCUUUGGACACAUAGGUGUUACCGUUGAUGACGUCUACAAGGCUUGUGAGAGAUUUGAAAGUCUGGGUGUGGAGUUCGUAAAGAAACCUCUUGACGGAAAAAUGAAAGGUAUUGCAUUUAUUAAAGAUCCUGAUGGCUAUUGGAUCGAGAUCUUUGACACAAGAAACAUCAAAGAAGCAGCUGGUCCUGCUUCUUGAUUCAGGAGCGUUUGAGCCUAUCACGAGUCUUGAUGAACUCAGAUAUCUGUUGAAGAGAGAUUUUCCAGUAAAUAACAUUUUCGUGGUGUGUUCAAUUCGUUAGUGAAUGAAUCUUGUGCUACGUUUAGGCAAAAGAUUUUUCCUGUCCAAUGUGGACACCGCAGAUGCAUACUGUAUUUGAACUAAUGAAUUGAUCAAAACUCCUGUGAUUGAGAAACAAAAUAGAACAAGUAAAACAAACUUUGAAGCU